GUCACGCUCAAGACAACGGUGCUCAGUUUGGUUUACGGAUGCUGAGAGGACCCGCUUGGUACUCAGUUUGUGAACUCACGGACGGUUUUAGUCGGUGCUGACAGUUGUUUUCGGCGGCGGACUGUAAAUAUUUAACCGGAAAGAGAUGGCUCAGAGCUCCGCAGCAGCUAGCAGCAGCUCUUCGGCGAACGGGGAGGCUUUAAAGAAGAGGAAUGUCGCUGUCAUCACUGGCAUCACCGGACAGGAUGGUUCCUACCUGGCUGAGUUCCUGCUCGCAAAAGGCUACGAGGUUCAUGGGAUUGUUCGACGUUCCAGUUCCUUUAACACGGGUCGCAUUGAGCAUCUUUACCAAAAUCCACAGACUCAUACUGAAGGAAACAUGAAGCUGCAUUACGGCGACCUGACUGACAGCACGUGUCUGGUGAAGAUCAUCAAUGAGGUGAAGCCAACAGAAAUCUACAACCUGGGCGCUCAGAGUCACGUCAAGCACUGGUGUGAAAGCUUUUCCUGCGCUCAGACGAGGCCCGUGCCGCUUGCUUCAGGAGCUGCUAAGCUUUACGCCUACUGGAUUGUGGUGAACUUCCGUGAGGCCUACAACAUGUUCGCUGUCAACGGGAUCCUCUUUAACCACGAGAGCCCGAAGAGAGGUUCAAACUUUGUGACUCGUAAGAUCAGCCGUUCUGUGGCAAAGAUCCACCUGGGCCAACAGGAGAGCUUCAGCCUUGGCAACCUGGACUCCAAAAGGGACUGGGGCCAUGCCAAAGACUACGUGGAGGCUAUGUGGCUGAUGCUGCAACAGGAGGAGCCGGAGGAUUUCGUCAUCGCCACAGGGGAGGUGCACAGUGUGAGGGAGUUUGUGGAGAAGGCUUUCAAACACGUGGGAAAGACUAUUGUGUGGGAGGGAAAAGAUGAACAGGAGAUUGGUCGUUGCAAAGAGACGGGGGUGGUACACGUGAAGGUGGACCCUAAAUUCUUUCGUCCCACUGAAGUGGACUUCCUGCAGGGCGACAGCACCAAGGCGUAUGAGAGGUUGGGCUGGAAGCCGAAGGUGACCUUUGAGGCGCUGGUGAAGGAGAUGGUGGACGCAGACGUCCAGCUGAUGAGACUAAACCCCAACGCCUGAAGACGAGUCCCCUCCUUCAGCUCAUGAACUUAUUUUUUACUCUUCAGUGUCUCUUGUUAACUUUUGUCUCGUUUUGUUUUUA